AUGUUCAACAGUGAACAGCAGGCAGAUGUGUUUUGUUGUUCAACAAUGGACCCAAGGAUUUCUUUCUCCAAUGAUUUUGCAGAUCCUCAUGUAGGGAUCAAGUUCGAGAGCAACUACCGCGAAGCUCCGGUGUCGUUAGACUUUGAAUUCUCGGUGAACAACUACUCCAUGAUACCUGCAGAUGAGAUCUUCUUCAAGGGUAUGUUAGUGCCCUUGAAAGGUACUGACCAUGGAAGAAAGCUGACUCUGAGAGACACACUGCUAGUAGAAGACGAUGUCGACGGCUCGUUCCCGAGCCUGCAAAAGGGUCCGGGGCGGUGGAAAGAGCGGUUGGGGCUGAAAAGGACUAACGUGGUGUCCAAGAAAAAGGAUAGAAAUGAACAUGUGCUUGAGAAAGUAGUUGAAGAGAAGGGUGGUAUGCCUAUGUUUCUCCAUGAUGAACAUCUUAUCAGCAACACAUAG